AUGGCUAAUCACGAUAUUGAAGCCGUGGCGGACUCAAAGUCAGUGCACGCAAACGCCCCCUCGGAUACGCCAACUCCCGGGCAUAUGGACGAAGGUGAACUCGUGAUUCUCACGAAUGAAGACAACAUCCGCAUCCGGAGAAAGACCGAUAAAAGGAUCCUAGCGAUCCUUACUUGGGUAUACUUCUUGCAGAUCUUAGACAAGGGUGUCCUAGGAACUGCUUCCAUUUUCAAUCUUCAAGAAGACACCGGUCUUGUGGGAAGCCAAUAUUCUCUUGUUUCUUCUAUUGCUCCUAUUGCGCAGGUAGCAUGGCAGCCAUUCUCGGCAUGGCUUAUUGUGAAGGUCCCGCCCCGUAUUCUGAUGCCCUCUAUGAUCCUCUGCUGGGGAGUUGCAGCAGCGAGUACUGCCGCAUGCCACAAUUUUGCGGGCUUGGUCACCGUUCGUUUCUUCCUCGGUCUCUUUGAAGCUGGGUGUAUGCCUCUCUUCACAAUCCUCACUGCUCAAUGGUAUCGUCGUGUCGAACAACCACUUCGAGUUUCAAUUUGGAAUUCUAUGAACGGAACUGCCACUAUGGUAGCUUCUGCUCUGUCGUAUGGACUUGGCCAUAUCCCCCCUACUGUGCUGAAGCCAUGGCAAACUAUCUUCCUUGUUGUAGGAUUGGUUACUAUCGUUACCGCGCCCUUUAUCUAUUGGAAACUCGACAACGAUAUCACGACCGCGCGCUUCCUCACUGAACACGAACGAAAGCAAGGCGUCGAGCGCCUCCGCGCAAAUCAGACCGGUUCCGCUUCUUACGACUUUGACUGGUCCCAAGUCAUUGAAGUUGCUCUUGACCCUAAGAGUUGGAUUUGGAUUAUCAUGGCCUUGUUGCCAAACAUGGGAUCGGCGAUGACGAGCACUUUCGGCCCUCUUAUUGUGAAAGGCUUCGGCUUCGAUGCAUACGAAACUUCCUUGCUGAACAUUCCCUUCGGCGCUAUGCAAACCAUCGUCAUCAUCAGUGGUUGCUGGGCCUCUUACAAACUGAGACUGAAGUCUGCCAUUUUGAUCGGUUUCAUGAUCCCUGUAGUUGCGGGCAUUGCAGUCCUUUACGCACUCCCACACGAGAAGUCACAACAGGGCCCGCUUCUACUGGCCUACUAUCUCUGUGCCUUCUUGUUCGCCGCAAACCCCCUCCUCCUGUCGUGGGUCGUGGCAAACACCGCUGGUGCCGCCAAGACCUCGGUCACGAUGGCACUUUACCAGGCCGGUACCUCGGCCGGAGCUCUCGCCGGUCCACUUCUGUUCACUGCAGAGCAAGCUCCAUCAUAUCUCCCCGGUAUCCGGGCUGUUCUCGGCCUGUUUAUCGCAUUGGUUGGCUUGGUGGUCAUCCAGGUUCUCAAUCUAAGCUGGUUGAACAGACUGAACAAAAAGAGGAGAAUCAGCAAUGGAAAGAUUGGGGAUCUCCAAGAUAAAUCCAUGACCCAUGCCUUUGAGACCGACGGGAAGGUGGUGGACGAGCCACGUACGGCGGAUGCAGCACCAUUUGUGGACUUGACUGACCGCAAGAAUGAUGAGUUUGUAUAUGUUUAUUAG